UUCAUGUUUAUAAUUAAAUAAAUGUCAACUCCUCCUACAUGAUUUCUCUCCCUAAUUCCUUUAUCUUAUGUAGUCUCACCACGUCCAUUCCAAUUCUCCCCCUCCUUAUUUUUUCCUCAUUCCCUACUUUCUCCACUCCUUAAUUCUUCAAAAGGAGUGGCAUGCCUUACCAAUCCCAUAAUCAUCGUACUAUUGUUCAUGUACUUUCCUUAUUAGUCUCCUUACUUUUCCUCAACCCCUCCGUUACAGCCCAAACACCACCACCUACGAGUGAUAAUUACGGCUCACCAGUUCCAACCUCCGCCGUCAUCGUCGUCGCUGUCCUCAUAGGUGUUGCUAUCAUCGCCUGCUACCUCCGCCAACUCUACGCUUGUUUCCGCGCAUAUGUAUUCGGCGAGGCCGAUGGUGGCGGCCAAGAUGACGCUGAAGUGCGUAGGAGACAGCAUGGUGGUGGACUUGACCCUGCCAUACUCGCUGCUUUUCCUACGUUCUUAUAUUCGGACAUCAAAGUCCACCUAAUCAAUAAAACGACACCGUUAGAAUGCGCAAUAUGCUUAAGCGAGUUCGUUGACCAUGAGCAACUGCGUCCAUUACCCAUAUGCAACCAUGUGUUUCAUCCUCAUUGCAUUAGUCCUUGGCUUACAUCCCACGUCACCUGCCCCGUGUGCAGGGCAAAUUUGGAAAUUCAAGUGGACACUGAAAAACUCCCGGAAUUGCUAGCAGAGAUUUUCCGGCAACCGUCAGAGGAUGCAUCAGGACCGUCUGAUCAAAACACGCCGCCUCGACAUGAUGAUGUAGUUGUUCAUGUAGGAGGAUCACCAGAGACUAGGAUCAAGACUCCGGUGGUACACAAGAACAAUGGUAUGGGUAAGCGUACGGGAAAGUUUCCUAGGUCACAUUCUACUGGUCAUUCAUUGGUUGAAGAUUGUGAGAGGUUUACAUUAAGGUUACCAGACGAGGUACGCAACAAGUUGGUGAAUGACAAUAAUUUAAAUGUUAUUGCAACAUCAACUAGAGUUAGUCCAAGGACUGGGUACCGUGUUCGAAGUUUGAGCAUUGCUACUAUUUCGGUAAAACCCGAACCAUGGAAAUUUAUUAUGAGUCCGCCUUUUAUUUCUAGGUCCGGUUCUACUGAAAUAGCAGAAAGUAGCGAUAAUAAUAAUAACAAUAACAAUAAUAAUUUAGUAGGGAUUAUGAAAAGUCCAAGAAGUUUUUUCAAAUCACUGAAAUCGCCCAAUAAUAAAUCGCCAAUGAACCGGAUUGUGCGGUGUGAUGACAUAGGAGAACGGUCGUCGGAUAGAUUAUGGCCUAAUAAUCCCACGUCUCGAGAGUUAGAAUUAGAGAGUCAGUAGCAAUUUGGUCAACCGAAGUUUGAGUAUAUUGUAAUUGAUUUGUUCAUUUGGAUUGUGAUUGAUUGGGCGGCUGAUAUGUUGUUUUUGAUGGUUGAUUUCUUUUGGAGUUUAUUAUUGUGAUGAAUAUAUGAAGAGGAUAAUAUACCCGGAGAAAAAAAAAAAAAAGAAUGUAUGGGGCAAAUUGGUCAUUAGGCAAUUGUACAUAUAAGCAAUAAAAUAUUUGGAGUCGUGUUUAAUCAAUUUGCAAUGUCCUUUGCCUUCUUUAAACUCUAAAGUGCAUUAUCCUUUCUAUCCAAUUGGACAUCGUGGUGAAGUAAUAAAAAAUCUAGUCAAAGU